AAAAAAAACGAAAAAGGAAUAAAAAAUUACAAUUUUAAGGGCAUUACUGCCAUUUUGAAAAAAAUUAGUCUAAUGGGACAUAAAGUAGUAUAGAUUAGUAUAAAGGGACAUAGUUAUCAUUUUUUUGCUCUAAAAAAACAAUUUUCCCUAUGAUAAUUAAAAGUUAGUGUAGCAUUACACUGGAUAUAUUUUUACUUUUCGUGAUCUAUAUAAUAUGUAUACUCUAACGCAUAUAUAUAGACAACAAAGCAUCUAUCAUUUUAUCUUACAUUCAUCACUUCCAGUGUCUGUCUCCAAACCAAAGCAAGAUAACAAAACUUUCUCUCUCGUCUUUAGCCACGUAGUCAUGGACAUCGAGCAUCACAACUCCGGCCACAUUGGUAAACCAACGGUGGUUAUUCCAUCGAGAAAGCUUCUUUCCUCCGCCAAAUCUCCCUCAUCGACUUCUAGUCCCCGUCGCGACGGUAACGAUCAGAAAGACUAUCAUUACGACUCUGACUCCGACGAUCCUUACGCCGGAGACCAUUUCCGAAUGUACGAAUUCAAGAUCAGACGGUGCACUCGUAGCCGUAGCCACGACUGGACCGACUGUCCUUUCUCUCACCCCGGCGAAAAAGCCCGUCGCCGUGACCCUCGCCGGUAUCACUACACGGGUGAAGUCUGCCCUGAGUUUCGCCACGGUGGUGAUUGUAGCCGUGGUGACGAGUGCGGCUUCGCGCACGGCGUUUUCGAGUGUUGGCUCCAUCCUAGUCGUUACCGUACGGAGGCUUGUAAAGACGGUAAGCAUUGUACGAGAAAAAUAUGUUUCUUUGCUCACUCUCCGCCGCAGCUUAGAGUUCCUCCACCGCCAGAGAGUUUGGUCUCCGGCGGUGGCGGAUCGGCGUUGUCAUCACCCGCGUCGGUGUUAAGUAACAAGAGUAAUGGGUGUUGUGUGUUUUGUUCCAACUCUCCGACGAGCCCUCUCUUCGGUUUAGCACAUUCACCGUCGUCGUCUCCACCUCUAUCUCCGGCUAAUAAAGUCACUGCAGUUUCACGGCUGAGUCGCCACCGAUCAGCCGUGACUUACAAGGAAGUUCUAAACGAAAUGAUUAAUUCUUUAGAUUCCUUUAGUCUCACGCAACCACUCACCGCGGCUUCUUCGGCGUCUAUGGUUACCAUGCCUGUUUCAACGGCGUCGAUGCUUGCCUCAUCAAGUCUGAGCAACCAUUAUCAUCACCGUCUUCCGCCGUGGCUUGACGUCGGAGAUAGAGAUCUUCAAUUUGCUCUUUCACCUUCUUCUACUCCAAGUUACCUCAAUGGCCAGAUUCAGCUUCAGCCCCCGCCGCCGAGCUUUUUCAGUGAAGAGUUUACACCACGUGGUGGUCGUGUAAGCGAUUUCACGGCGGCUGCAACGGCAGCGGCGGAAGCUAGGGAUAAGAGUAGCUUUGAGAUUGGUUCUAGUGGCGAUCUUGAUCUUGGAUGGGUGAACGAUCUGUUGACAUGAUCAGUGUGAAUGGUCGGAGAAACUUUCCGACGGAAAGUAGUAUACGGUGGCGGGGCACCGCCGUCGUGGAGCCAUUAUCUAUUGCAAAUUGUUAAUUUUUACGAUUUUGUUCAUGAGUGUUAAUUAAGAGACUGUACUAUGUCGUGGAUUUUAAAAAAUAUUCCUCUACCUUAAAAAAAAAAAUAAGAGUCCAUAACUUUUAUUUUUGGUGUAAGUCCAUAACUUUUAUUGUAAUAUUGAUCUCUUGGAACUUGUAAUAUUGUCAAUACUGAACGAAUUCCUAUGUAAUGUUUACUUCAAAAUAUUCUGUUUAAUAGUAAAAAAAGGUGUUGUAAUUAAUUGUUUUUUUUUGUGAAAAUGUCUUAUACAUACAUUUUUAAAGUUCUUUUAUAUUUG